AUGGCAGCCAUCACUCCUAUUUCUCCUCCGACAGCCAGAUCUUGGAAAUUCGCCGGUGUUGCCAUGCCUGGUCUCGAAUCCACCAAUUCACUCGCUAAAGACACAGUUCUGGGGCUCAUGGACGUCACCAUCAUCCAAGAUCAGGGAACAGAACUGUCGCCACCCUCAGACUGCACUGCCAUGGUACACAAAGACGUGUUUUGGCAAUGCUGGAGCAUUCUGAGUUUACACGCUGAAUUUCCAUGCAACUGUCAGCGGCUGUGGAAAUUGUGCAGGCCUUCCACCACCCGAUUACGUCUGCUAGAGGUCCUCAGCCUACGCUUUUCCACCGUCGUGUACUUCUACUCCUGGUGGACGUUGCCUUUUCAAUCUACUGAUCCUAUGCCUCUCCGCUCCAACGAAAAUGCAGGGUCGAAGAGGAACGCGAAUCUCAUUGAAAGGAGCGUCCUGUAA